AUGAAGUAUAAAAGCCACUACCAGCAAACUCAGCUGGUCUGGUCAUUGCCGUCUUCCUGGAUGGGGACCCCGAGACGGGCCAUAUCAAUGGUUAGGGACAUUGUCAAACAUGGCCCGGUGACGCCCUCGCUGGCGCUCAUGCGUUCAAGCUAUUUCCAUGAAUGCAUAGCUCCCUUAUCGAUUCCCCCAGUUAAAGACCCACUGGCAGUGCUCUAUUUACGCACCAAUUUAUCAGCUUCCGUCCGCAAUGCGCAGCUACCUGCCAUACCUCUCCGAAUCAUCAGUGAACAAAACUGUGACAGGUACAAACAUUGUACGACAACCUGUGCCGUUAGUGGGCUCGUUGCAGACGCUAGAACGCUGAUAGAGCGUGCACGCACUGAAGCCGCACAUCACUGGUUCGUUUACAAUGAAAAGAUGUCAGUGGAGGAUGUCACCAAGGCAGUCAGCAAUCUGGCCCUCGCUUUUGGUGAUGACGAUGUGGACUCGGGGGCCAUGAGUCGCCCAUUCGGUGCUGCCCUCAUGUUCGCUGGUAUCGACGAGAACGGUCCUCAGCUAAUACACAUGGAUCCCAGUGGAACAUACAUCCGUUACGACGCGAAGGCCAUUGGAUCUGGAUCCGAAGGCGCGCAACAGGCAUUGCAAGAAGUUUUCCAUAGCAACAUGACCUUGCAUGAAGGUUGUAAGCACGCAUUGUCCAUUCUCAAACAAGUCAUGGAGGAAAAACUGGAUUCGACAAAUGUGGAGGAUCUUACGGUGCAAGGCACUCAGCGUGUUCUGCAAAGCCGGGCACCGUUU